AUGAAUCCGGAAGAACAGCGGACAAGUUGUCCUGGCUUUCUAGAUGAAUACGGUGUGUGGAACAAUGGAUUUGAAUGUCCACCACUAGGCGGACAACGACGAAUAUGCUGUGGAACCGACGCUCAUCUGUACUGUUGCUCUAUCGGACAUUCAUUUUCAAAUCGGCAAGAAAAAUCUUCCAUAACAAUCACGGAACCAACGUUUUCUUUCGCGGAAAAACUGAACGCAAUCUUUUUCACACUUCCUAUCCUAUUAACAUGCAUUUUAAUUGUGAUUCUCCUCUUGAUUAUCAUCAUGAUCAUUUUAUUCAUUUGCUAUCGUUGCCGACAACAAAAUCUCCGUGAACGUGAAGUGCCCGUCGCAACUAAACAAGCAUUACUCGUCGAACAUUUACCAUUUACUCCUCCACAUCACCCAAUCUAUUUCAACGAAACUAGCCCACAAACAUGUCUUCUACAUUCUCAAAUAAAAGAUCCUCUAACAGCAAGUACAACAUCGUCAAAGUCGAAUGCCUUCGCGUCUGGUAUCUAUUACAACGAUUGGCAAGAGUUUUUCAACACAACUGACCAACCAAUGAAUCUCUAUCCGACUAUGUCAACACAUAGUAAUGAAAUACCAAAUGAGAAUUCGUAUCUCCAUCCACAUUGUCUCUUCAAUGGCAAACAGCAAAUACAAGAUGAUAUCAUCGUUUAA